AUGUCUGAACAAGCAUCAACCAACAACAUCGACAUAUCGGCCGAACAGAGUAACGACAUGGCCAUGGAGUCUCAAAAUGCCACACCUAGGCAACGACCUGCCCGGUACCGCACGCGUACCAGCGUAGCCCCGACUCCCCUGUCCUCCACUCAGUCAUCUCCAUCAUCACUAGAUAUGCCUCGACCUCCGAUUUCUGGUGGCGUUGAUUACUUCACUCGAAGACCGACACAGGGUUUGCAAACCCCUUUGCAGCAGCGCCGAUAUACUCCAACCCCAACGAAUGAACUAAAUUCCGCCGGCUUCAUGGUCCCUCAGCACAACUUUGGGAAUGUGAACCAUCCCAUUCUUGGUCCUCGAGAGAAUCGCCGCUCGUAUGCUGCACCUAUUGGAUCCUCUCAGUCUCCUUUGAGCCCUGAGAAUCAUCACUCGAGGCGCCAGGUUGUUCAGGCGCAGAUGGACAACGUCAACCGCCGAUCUUCGUCGAUACGUAGUCCUAUAACCCAGCGUUAUAGCGCUUCUAGUGAUCUUCGUGUUCCUCUGCCAUCAGAACAGGUCCCUGCACAGCGUAUGUAUGGUGGGGCGAGUGGAUUUGGAUACACUGGCAACGACCGUAGUACAUUACCGUCCCAGCGGCAGCAAGCACCUCAUAUCUCUUCUUCAAAUCGCCAGAACAUUUCUUCACUCCAUGGGCCCGGAGCACGAAUGAUAAAUGUCCCCCAAACCCAAAACCAUUCCACUGUGGGUAGUCUGGCUCGCUCGCCAAAGCCUGUCACAAAUCAGCAUGCAUCAAUGCGGAUGUUGCCUCCUAUGGAUUUCGGGACGUCUAGUCGAAACAACCUCUCCCAGAGCAAUGUCGUCGAGAGCAUUAGCAUGCCAAACUUCGAUGUUGGAGCAGCGCCGCCUCGCGGUCAUCGCCGCAACAAGACAACUGUUUCGCACCUUUCAGAUGUCUACACACGCAAUGCUCCUCAUGACAAUGGAGCUAAAACCAUCCGUGCAGUCGGUGGAGAUAUCGAUAUGAAGGUAUCCAAUUCAAAACGUGCAACGCUCCCAGCGUUUAGCUUCGGCUCUUCGGCUGCGGACCUCGAUGAACUCACGAACAACAUCGAUGGGUUCGCUGAUAUGAACCUCGAGGAGAAGAUCCCCACACGCUCAUCACGUCCCAAUGAGCAGCGCGGCAAAGCCCCACGCCCUAAACAUGAGCACAUGCAGUCCAAUGACUCUAGCUCCACGGUCGCAUCGGACUCUUGGAACGUCGUAGAUCCCACGAGUGCGCCACCGAAGAAAGAGACUGGCCUGAGAUUCGACCUUGAGACUGGGAUGCCCAGUGUCGUAGGCGCCUCAUUCAUGCGUCCAGAAACGUUGACUUCCACAGAGGCUCGGAGGCGAUACCCCUUGGAUGAAUUCGUUCAUGCUAUUCAAGCUGGGAAGAAGCACGGUGUCAGGGGUAACGACUUUGCCUAUCCAAAAGGCACGCCAUCAGUCAAGAAGCACGUGCGCUUCGCCUCGCACAGCGACUACGCGCCUUCGAUGCACUACCCGUCCGGAUCGGAAGACUCCACGGCGUCAACGCGUGCUAAGAUAGAUCUGGUCAAGUAUGCGGGCUCUGCCAAUGACCGCCGUACUGGUCGAGCAGUCUUGCAGCGCAAAGGAAAGGACAAGCGAACGACUGUCAUGCCUCGCAGUGCUCUGAAGACACCUGCCAAGCAACAGAACAACCCCUCUGGCACCGGUGAGGAACGUACUCGCAAGGCCGGCGAAAAGGACCAGCAACACAAGAGGCACAAGCAUAGCAGCUCUCUCGAUCUUCUCAGCCGUGCCUCGGACUCCGUGAUCAAGUUCGUUGCUGCUCGCGCUGGUAUAGCUCCAGUACAGAAAGACGGUGCGUUGGAUCGUGGAUUCCAGUUCCCAGCCCGCGACGAUGAGCAACGCGUAUCAAGUACGCCUGACUUGCGCGAAAUUGGGGGCAAGAAGGGCAGUAGCCGCAAGCGCAGUGGCUCGCUUAGCAGACUUCUAGAGGGAUUCGGUCUCAAGAAACCGACGAAGGAUAAUCGUGAUGACGAUGAGUAG